GGAGUCAAACUUCGGAACAGAUUUUUAAAACUGUUGUUCUUGUAAUGACCAGCAUGCAUUGUUCAGGAGUAGGAGGUGUCUGAUGGAACUGGGCCUCCAGCAAAGCUGAUGAAAUGAGCCCUGCUUCCCAUCUCUCCCACUGGCGGAGGACAUUAUAAAGAAAUUAUCCAUCAUUACAACUUACUUUUUCUGUUAAGUAGUUUUAAAUAUGUGUAAAUUGACUGGUGCUGCUGUUAGAAAACGGGACUGCCCAAGUGAUGGAAAACCUGAUGAUGAAGUUUUUGCAGCUUUUCGGGCGAUUACGAUCAGUCAUCAUUGGGAUGGUCCAUGUGAAAGCGCUGCCAGCUUCAUUAGAAGAACAGGCUUUGGACCUUCCCUUCAUAGGCAUGAUGGCGGUGAGAUCAGAGGAACCCCAAGGAAUACCUUGCCAUUGCCUCAGAUCAUUGAAGAAGCCUGUCAGGAAGCUGAGAUUUACAAGGCUGCAGGAGUUGAUGGCUUGAUUGUAGAAAAUAUGCAUGAUCGGCCGUACACAGUUGGUGUGGGUGCAGAAAUCACUGCAGCCAUGGCAGUCAUUUGUGCCACUGUGAAACAGACGUGCCCCCGUCUCCCAGUGGGUGUUCAGAUCCUAAGUGCUGCAAACCAAGAUGCUAUAGCGGUCGCUCUUGCUGCUGGUCUUGACUUCAUUCGAGCGGAAGGCUUUGUUUUUUCUCACGUGGCAGAUGAAGGGAUUCUGAAUGCCUGUGCUGGCAAAUUGCUCAGAUACCGGAAGCAAAUUGGAGCAGAACACAUUCAGGUUUUUGCUGACGUUAAAAAGAAACACAGUUCUCACGCUCUGACAGCUGAUGUCAGUGUAGCAGAGACGGCUAAGGCUGCUGAAUUCUUUCUGGCUGACGGGGUCAUAUUGACUGGAGCUGCCACUGGAUUGGAGGCAGAUCCCAAAGAACUGGAAGAAGUUGGAUGUGCUGUGAAGAUACCAGUGUUGGUUGGAUCUGGAGUGACUCUGGAAAACUUGAAGAACUACUUGGGUGCAAAUGCCUUGAUUGUUGGUUCUUAUUUCAAGAAAGAAAGCUAUUGGGCAAAUAACAUUGACCCGGAUCGUGUGAAGCGGUUCAUGGAUUACGCUGCUGAACUGAGAGUGUGACAUUGUUGGAUCCUAUGGUAAUCAUACACAGCCCUUAUGCCACUAUGUAUCCUUUAGUCCCAACACCUUAUCUUGUAACUUGAAGCCUUUGGUUUGGGUCCUGCUCCAUCUUCCAUGUGACAGAAUGUUGCAGAAUUUUUUGAAGCACCGGUUACCUUGUUCUAAGGGGAUCCUGUGUUGGACUCCAAAUCCCAUCAUUCGUGACCAUUGACUGUGCUGGCUUAGGGCUGGUGGGACAGUCUUAACAAUAUCUUGAGGGCCACAGGUUAGCCACCUUUGCUGUAAGACCAGAAAGAAGUUCUAAGUCUGAAGUCUCUCCCCAUCUUCCACCCACCCCUGCUGCCCCAAAGCAGUCCAAAUGUUUCCUUUGUCAUGCUACAUUUCCCCCCUAAUGAAAUCAACACUAGCUUCAAAGGCACACUUUUAGAUCUCCCUGCCAUUAGAACCCAAGACACCAGCUAAUAAAACAGCAUAAUGUUUUUCAAGUGUUAUAAACACAAUUCUAGGAAGCCAUUUAGAAACUGCAUUAAGAGACACCGAUAAUGACUGUUUAGGAGUGGUGAUAGUUGUGAGGUGGGUUUUGUAUGUGUGUGUGUGUUUCUUUUUACAAAUACUGACUUGCUAGAAGUCACAUUCAUUCAUUACUGGGAAGGUGAAGCUAUAAUGUGUUACUGCAGUGAUGCACGUUAACGGGGGGGGGGGAUAAGAUCACUUGAUUCGCUCCUUUAUACUCAUCUAAUUCAAAGUGUAAUCAUUGCUGGUGCCGUUGGAGCUGUGUCCAGACAAAACUCAUGUGGAAGCCCAGCAUCUUAACCAUUGCUGGUUAUUUGCAGUAAUUACUGCCAACUGUGCCAGGGUCCCAGUGUUGUGCCCAUAUUGCAGCUGCAACAUACGAAGUGCAGCUAAAUUGUUCAUCGCUUGAUGACUCUCUGCUGAAUGUGCAGCACUGAGGUGGGCUUUAUCACCGAUAGCACCAGUCUUGUAGAAUGACCUCCCUGUUGAAAUGCGAAGAGACCCCAUCAUUAUUGGCAUUCUGCCGGCUCUUGAAGAGCACACCUGUUUAGGCAGGUAUUCCCCUGAACUUGAGAUCUAAUUAUGUGUUUUUUAACUGUUCUAAUUAUUAGAAAUUUUAACUGGCUUGUUUUCUUGCCUUUCUAAAUCAUGGAAGCUUUUGUUGCUUUGAUUGAAUUGGUUUAUUGUGAAUUUUAAUUGCUUACGGAUUUUACAAUUGAGUUUAUACUCGUAAACUGUUUGGAUGGCAUAUAGGCAGUAUAUACUUUAAUAAAUAAAUAAAUAAAUAAAUAAGAUGCUAAAUAA